AGUUCAUUCUUAAUUUGCUCGAUCAACAAUAAACGGGAAAGCACGUAUUUGAUCUGUCUCAACAUUUACGCCCGGGCACUUCCCCUAAAAACCGGGACAUCUCCCUCCUUUGAAUUGUAGAACCACCCACCCCCCUCACGUGCCGGUACAUACGAUGCAGCACGGCGGUGCAGCGACGUCGUCGAAGGUGUCGAAGGUGUCGAAGUUCUUCACCCUUCGCAACCUCCCCGCGGCGGACACGGUGACGCUUUCUGCGGCCGUACCGCCGUGCCUCCCGGGGGGUGUGCGGCUGGCCGAGCCGGAGGACGGUUGCGACGUGGCGACCAACACGGUGCGUCUCGUGCAGGAGAGCAAGCAGACCGAGGAAAAUGAUGACGAAACUGACGAGCGCAUUCGGCAGCACCGCUACGCCCAGCUUGUGAAUCGGCUCAGUGCGCAACGCAGUCAGUACCACUCCGCGAGUGUUUUUGUGGAGGCGAUGCUGAAGGAGACGCAGCAUAGCGCAGACGGCAGCCCAGCCACACAGGCCGCCGUAGCCACUUGGGGGCUGAAGAUCUUAGCGCGAGAGGCAAGAAGUAUGGCGCUGACGGCUGUGAUGGACUCCCUCCUCCCCGCCCUCUACUGCAAAUACGAGCCGGGUCAAGUCUGCACCGCGUCGCCGGCGGUGCAGCUGCAGGUGCGCGACCGCGACGUUAUCGACGACAACCCCUACUUCACUCACGCCAUGUUCGUGGACGAGGCGCAGUCGGGGAAGCUGUCGGCGACAAGGCUGCGCCAGUCGCUGGAAGCAGCUGUCAAGGCGAACGACGAGCGCAGAAAUGUGGUGAUGCGGUUGGUUGGGCGUGAGCGGCGCAUGCGCCUCUGCGCUGUGUUCCGCGGCUGGCGCAGUCACAUGCACCAGAACCGACUCGUCCAACUCAUCAGCGACAGCAAGGCGAAGCGAGGUGCUGAGGAAGCAGGGCAGCUGCGGAAGCAGGCCGUCUUCUACCAGUGGAAGCUGCUGGUGGAGCGCUCACGCAGCGCCUACCUGACGGAGCGGCUGCACGACGCUGCUUUCCAACUUGAAAAUGCGAAGAACCAGUUUCAGCUGCAGUGCUACCGCGCCGAUCGCCUCGUCCAAGCCGCAAAGGAGGCCUCGGAUGAGGCGGUUCGAGUCACGGAGCUCAACAUCAACCUCGCACACGAAGUGGCGGAGCUGAAGGAGGAACGGGUGCGGCGGGAAAAGGAGUUCCGCCGCCUUCUCACGCAGAGCGUGUCACGGCUGCUGCGACUCCUCAGCACGUACGACGAAUUGUCUCGCAUCUUCGUCCAAUCAAAGACGGCCGCCGCGCAGGAAAGUUGCACCUCUGCGGUUGCCUCUGACGUGGACCGUGUCUCCCCGGUGGACACCCCGGAAGAAGUCGAGACCACAGUUGCGAGCUCGUCCGGCUCCUCGCUCGAGCGGCUGCGGCGAUGGGCGGAUGGGGUGCUCGCCGAAGUGCAAGGGCGCGAGACGCCUUUCCGUCCUAUCAGCCGCCUCGGCUCCGACUUCGCAGACGGCGAGCGCUACCUGUGCCUGCUGCAUCACGUAUUCCCCGGCAUCGUCGCGAGCGUGCUCUCGGUGCAGUCGAUGGGAGUGGAGACCCGAAUGCGACGCAUCCGCGACUGUGCGAUGCAGUGCAAACUGCGGUACAUCCUUCUUCCCUCCGAUUUCAUAAAUGAGCGGGAAGACCUGCUGGUGUGCUCCUUGAGCGAGCUGCAGCAGCGGCAUCUCACGCGCCUGUGGAAGGAGUCGGCCGAGAAGUCCGCCGCAGAGCUUGGUGAGUUUCGAGAACGCUCGUUGACGGCCACCGUGGAGGCGUGUGCCGCCACGCCCACGCAUACAAAGGAAGGCGGAGACACGCCAGCGGUUGAGCCCAAACAAGAGGAGGAAGAAACGAAGUUGCUGGACUCGGCGACGGUGACGGCGCACAUCGCCGAUUUCGUGCAGCGGCUGCAGCGCACCGGCGAGGAGUUGGAGACGGCCUUUUCCGCAGAGGCGGACGUCGUGGAAGGGAGCAUCGCCAUAGCCGAGGAAGAGGCCCGACUUGGCAGCGAACGUCUGCGCGGCGCACCCGUCCCCGUCGUCGAGGAGGCAAGCCGACGCGUGUUCUGGCAGUUGGCGCCUGAAACCUUGAACGACCUGCGCGAGGAGACGCAGCUGAGCGUAGAGUCGGCGAUGUGGGAGUUUGUCACGACGCAGGCGCUGCCGGCGGUGCUGCGCGACCACGUCGACAUCAUCUCUCGCCUCUUUUUCUUCUUUGCCGGCGAGAACGCAAAGACGCUGUCGGAGGUUGCCUUCUGGCGCUUCGUGGAGGCGAGUGGGAUUCUAGUCGGCCCCCUCGAGGUACCGAAGUCGUGGAUCGUGCUGCAGUACGACCGAGUCGUGUCGCCGCAGCUCGACGCCGUCAUUAAAACCACGGCGCGGAACCAAAAUGAGAUGAACGUGCAGAAACUGCGUCGGGUGACCUACCAAGAGAUGGACAUUCGCAGCGCCACUCCCGGUCAAUUCGUCGAGCUGCUCGUGCGCAUCGCGGUGGGUGCCGAGAACGGCGAGUUUGGUCUGGUCGAGGGCUCCCGCCGCCUUCUGCAGCGGCUGCAACUGCCCAACCGCGAAAAGAUGACAGUGGUCGAGGAAGACAUCUACACCCCUGAUAUGCAAAGCGUGCUGCACUACUUCAGCGAGGAUUUGUUCCGCACAUUCAUCUUUUACGUGAAGCAGCAGGAGUCGUCGCGGAAUGCGCAAGAGCGGGCGAUGGCGCAACAGGACGGCGGCCGCUUCUCUGCGCAGAUGUCCGUCUCGACGCUCCUCUCCUUUCUGGACGACUGCCGCUACCUGAGUGACGGUAGUGAGCGCGGCACGGCAGCCCCGCUCGCCGCAGACGCAACGCGGCUGUGCUUCUUCGUCUGCACGGCACAGAUACGCAGGCUGGUUCCUUUGCUCGCACGGCAAUGCAAGGUGCCUAACCCCACCUACCUCUCGUUUGGACUCUUUGUGGACGCGCUGGCCGCAGUGGCCUAUCAUUGGUGCCCCGAUCCCCUCGUCCCGGCUCCUCGCCGCCUGGCUGCUUUCUUGUCUUACACGACGCAGCAGCUGAACGCGCGUCACAGCAACUCCACGCUGCUGCUGGGCAGUGCGCCGACGAUUAGCCUUGACGGGGGAAAGACGGUGGACUUCUCGCAAGAGGCUCGUCCAAUAUCGGGGAGCCUUUGA